ACAUAAUGCAAUGGUUUAAUUGUCAAAACAUGAGAAGAAAACAAACUAAACAGACAUUUUUUUUCUGUUUUGGAAUUUGUUUGAAAUUUUUCCCUUUAUGAAUACAACAGAAUGGGUGAAAGUGAUGGCGAUAGUUUAGCAAUAAUUCUGAGCGUAAUUGAAGGCACUGGCUUUGACUCACGCAAAUAUGCGAUUAUUAUCAAAGCAAAUUUGGGCGGUAAUAUCCUUGAAACGGAUGCUGUUGUCCCUGGCGAAGUGAAGGCCUCGUUUAAAAACAACCUGAUUUGGUCUACAAACAAAGAAGCCAUUAAACGAAUGAAGGAAGAAAAUCAACCAAUCAAGUUGGAGUGCUUUUUCCAAGUGAAUGAAAGUCGGCGAGAUGAAAUUGGUUUUGUGUUGAUCCCAUUGCGUACGAUCCCCUAUUGCAGUAGCCGUAAAACGGGUAUGAUGAAGCCACAUUGGUAUAAAUUACAUGGCGUAUCACAAGAUAACAAGACGCAUAAACCAGAGCUCCUGUUGAGUGUUACGAUCGGUGAUAAAGAUGAGAUACUCAAUGAUCAUGAAAAAAUGUUGGUGCAAGAUGAAUCUCCCAUGAAUGAUGGUGAAAAUACAGAGUUAGACGUUGAUAUUCUGAGAUCUGACGCUAAUUUAAAUAUUCAAAAACUUGGCGAAAAUGAGAUUAGCCUCGGUGGAAUUGAGAAUAGUGGGCAACAUGAGUUCAAAGUGGAUAUUUGUCUGAAGCAUAUCGAUCAGUGUGAUCAUUUGGAUGAAAAAGUUGACUUGGUUUACAUGUUUUUCGAUCAACAUAAAAUUGAGCUCAGCAAAAAUUUCGAGGAUAAACAAUUUCAUAUCGAUCAAAUCGUUUCUUUGAAACUCAAGUCAUCUUUGAAUGAUCUUAUUCUUUACUUUCGCAAUAUUUUUUCACUUCCAAUUAUUUUGGCAUCGCAUGAAAAUAACUUUAAGGGUGCAACCCACUUGACUUUUGGUGAUAGUCUAUCCACGCUACCUGCUUCCGUUGAGUCAUUCCAAGAGAUAUUCAGUGCAAAGAAUUUUACAUAUCAAUUUGAUAGUUAUUCCACAAUUGUUUUCCCAACCAGUGAAAAUGAAGAUAACGAAUCCAAUCUCCACUAUAGUUUUAGUUUGAAAUUGAUUCCAUACAGUAGCGACAAACCGGCUAGCCCAACUAGCUUAUUGCUUCCUUAUACUACAUUGCACUCGCCGAGCUUCAAUAAAAUUGCUUCCGUAUCCACUGCACCAAAUGCAGCACCUGUCGAUCAAAUCGAUGAAAAAGAAGUGAUAAAUCUCGAGAAUAUCAGAGAAAAAUACACGGGCGAUGCAACCAUGACCAUUCCAAAGACAUUUGCUUAUACGCUAUCGCUAUUGGAUUGUUCUUUCAACAAGCGACCAUUUCCAGGAAUUUGGCAAUUGAGUUUGCAGCAUCCUGCCGCCGAUGCAUCGACGGUCAUUCGUAACCUUGAAAUCAGUGACAUUGUGAUUGAUCAAUUAUCCUUUGAAGAUAUGCACUUACGUUUGUGUUUCACAACACAUCCAGAUCAACUAUUCGAGCUGAUCAAAUCAAAACCGUGCCUAUUAACUCUGAAAGGGCCUCGAGGUGUUCAUGCGUCUGCCGAACUUGAUAACCAUAAUAUUUUAACUCAAGAGAAAACAAAGGGGAUCGUUCUAUUGGAGAGCGAGCAAAGUGAACAAAUCGCAAUGGCUCACAUAUCCGUGCAAACCGAAGAGUUAGGUUUGAAUUUCAAUACCGAUGCCACUCUCAAAGCGCGGCAACAGCAGAAAAACCAACAGCUGACCAAUGUAUUUCCAGAUGAAAAUCUAGCAUACCGAAUGAUUGAGGAGCUGGAGGAAUGGAAACAGGUUCAACGGCAAGAAUUUUUAGCUGAAUUGAAGCGACAUGAAAUUGCCCAUCUGACACAAUUAUCGAACGAAUGGCAACGUAAACGACGUGAACAAGAGUUGAAGUUACAGAAGAAAAUGGACCAUUGUGAUCGGCUGACGCAGACGCUUGAGGAGGCGCACAAUAUGUUCAAAGAACGAAAUCGGAGUGAUAUCGAAUAUGAGCAGACACUUUUGAAAACUAAGAGUGAUUUGGAACGAUGUUAUGCUAAAAAGAUCGACUCUCUCAACGGCAAAAUAUUGCAAAUGGAAAAGGAAAACUUUAUCAAACAGAAAAAUGAAGAAAAAAUACUCAAAGAGAUUGAAUUGGAGCGAGAUCAAUUAAAAACUGAGAAUAAGAAGUUGAAAGCUAAAAUGAAAGUGCUGGAAAAAGAGGUGCAAAUAGGGAGCAGUACGGAUGAUAGUACCCAAGAGCAAAUCAACGAAUUGAAGGAAUACGUUAACCUUUUGAGCGAUGAGCUUGAGAAAAUGAGAAAGUCGAAAAUGAUAUACAAAGAACGCUGGGCACACAUUGUGAGAGAGAUUCAAAAGAUCAAGUACAAAAAUAGUAACGAGUUCAGCAACGAUGAUGAAGAUUAUCAGAGAUUGAACGAGCUCUUGAAGUCCGCCCGAACAGACAUAAGCAACGAGUAAUUGUUUAAAAAGACGCACAUUGACAUUGAGGUCCAUCUAAUGAGAUUCAACAGAUGACCAGAAGCCUUAAAAUUGCCUUAUAAGCCACAACUUUGUUCUUUAUUCUCACCUGCAAUAUCAAAUCAAGAUUUGCCUGUUUAGAUUUCUUGUUGAAAAUGUUAUUUAUUCGAUAGUAUUGUUUAUAAUCGUGUUUUUUUUUGUGUUUGCGUAUUAAUUAAAGCGUUCCCAUGUUCAGAAAAAUAGCAUAAA